UCCAGCAGUCAUGGCGGUGUCGCGGACUCAGGAAGAUGGAGUAAACACCAACUCUGCUACUAUAUCUAUAUCUUGAUUUUUUUGUUUAUUUUCCUUAAUCAUAGCUUCAUGGUGGUCUGCACUCGCUGUCAUCCGAGAUAUCACAAACACCCCACUGGCUGCUGCUGCUGCUGCUGUGCUUCCAACGAUGGCCGACCGCGGCGUUGAUCUGUCCGCUCUGCCUAAAGAGGUCAGGGACCAGCUGGCGGAGUUGGAUCUUGAGCUGUCUGAAGGUGACAUUACACAGAAGGGCUAUGAGAAGAAAAGGACCAAACUUCUGGCUCCCUACAUCAUCCAUACCCCAGUUGAGCCGCCCCGUCAGAGUGAAGUGCAGCCUCCUGCUUCCAGUUCUGCAUCCAGCCAUGCCCCUCCCCCAUCUAGCUCAUCUCGUUACCGGGAACGCCGCUCCCGCAGGACACAUCGGGGCGGAGGUACCAGAGAUGACCGCUACAGAUCAGAUGUACACACUGAGGCAGUGCAGGCUGCUCUGGCUAAACAUAAGGAGGAGAAGAUGGCUCUCCCCAUGCCUACCAAGAGACGCUCCACCUAUGUACAGUCUCCCAUUGAAACCCGCACACCACCAGACUCAUCAUCAGGUUCUGAAGACGAGUCGGCCUUACGCAGGCAUUCAUCAGUGGUCGCUCCUCCGCCUGUGGUCCAUCCCAACCUGCAGAGCCCAGAUGGAUGGGUGAACCCCCAGGGCUCAUCAACCUCCUCCUCGGCCUCCUCCACCUUGUCCCAUGAGAGGGAGGCCAGGCCACAGCCUCAGAGCCAGGCUCAGCCUCAGCCUCAGUACAAACCUCAGUACCAGCCCCUGUAUCAGCCUCACUAUCAACCGCAGUACCAGCCUCAGUACCAGCAGCACACUGCAGCGGUGACCGACAUGAUGGCUAACAGUCGCAUUGCCCCCUCAGAGAACAAUGCCCCCCCUCCAGAUGUGACAGCCAUGGCCCCUCAGUCCCGGGGCCCAAGGGUGGACCUGCCUUCCAAUGCGGUGGUCCGGGGCAUGAGCCGGGGGCAUAGCCGCUCCAGCAUGAUGGAGACUGCAGAUGGAGUCCCUGUGAGCAGCAGAGUGUCCACAAAGAUCCAGCAGCUGCUCAACACCCUGAAGAGGCCAAAGAGGCCACCGCUCAGUGAGUUCUUCACCGACGACUCAGAGGAGAUCGUAGAAGUGCCCACACCAGACCCCAACACUCCAAAGCCGGAGGGCCGUCAGAUCAUCCCUGUAAAAGGAGAGCCUUUAGGAGUGGUCAGUAACUGGCCCCCAGCCCUGCAGGCAGCGCUGGCCCGUUGGGGGGCAACUCAGGGCAAAAGUCCUGCCCUCACUGCUCUCGACAUCACAGGAAAACCGCUCUACACCCUGACGUAUGGGAAGCUGUGGAGUCGCAGUGUGAAGCUGGCAUACACACUCCUGAACAAGCUGGGAGCCAAGAACGAGCAAAUCCUCAAACCGGGAGACAGGGUAGCGCUGGUUUACCCCAACAGUGACCCUGGGAUGUUCUGGGUGGCUUUCUAUGGCUGCCUCCUGGCUGAAGUCAUACCUGUACCUAUAGAAGUACCUCUGUCUCGCAAGGAUGCAGGUAUCAGCCAGGUGGGGUUCCUGCUUGGUAGCUGUGGUGUCGGUUUGGCUCUGACCAGUGAGAUCUGUUUGAAGGGUUUACCGAAGUUGCCCACAGGGGAGAUUAUGCAGUUUAAAGGCUGGCCUCGAAUGAAGUGGGUGGUAACAGAUUCAAAAUACUUGACCAAACCCUCCAAAGACUGGCAACCGCAUAUCCCCACUGCCAAUACCGACCCUGCUUAUAUAGAGUACAAGGCGAGUAAAGAAGGCACAGUGGUGGGUGUGGCUGUGUCUAAAGUAGCCAUGCUGACCCACUGCCAGGCUCUGACCCAGGCCUGUAACUAUUGUGAGGGGGAAACUUUAGUGAAUGUCCUGGACUUUAAAAAAGAUAUGGGACUCUGGCAUGGAGUUCUCACGGCCGUAAUGAACAGGAUACACACUAUCAGUGUUCCUUAUGCCGUGAUGAAGGCUUGCCCCCUCUCCUGGGUGCAGAGGGUCCACACAAACAAAGCUCGUGUAGCUUUGGUGAAGUGUCGGGAUUUGCACUGGGCCAUGAUGGCUCAUCGGGAUCAGAGAGACACCAGCCUGGCUUCAUUACGAAUGCUGAUAGUUGCUGAUGGUGCUAACCCCUGGUCGGUGUCUUCAUGUGAUGCCUUCCUAAACGUAUUUCAGUCACACGGGCUGAAGCCAGAAGUUAUUUGUCCUUGUGCUACUUCCCCUGAGGCAAUGACAGUGGCUAUACGCAGACCGGGAGUCCCUGGCGCACCCCUCCCUGCCAGAGCCAUCCUCUCUAUGGGCGGCCUUAGCCACGGAGUCAUCAGGGUCAACACUGAAGACAAAAACUCCGCCCUGACUGUACAGGAUGUGGGCCACGUCAUGCCUGGAGCUCUAAUGUGCAUUGUAAAACCAGACGGGCCUCCUCAGCUGUGUAAAACUGACGAGAUCGGAGAGAUUAUAGUGAACUCACGUGCUGGAGGCAACAUGUACUACGGCCUGCCUGGAGUCACUAAAAACACCUUUGAGGUUAUACCUGUAAAUGCUAACGGAGUUCCCAUUGGAGAGAUCCCAUUUGUGCGUUCAGGACUGUUGGGAUUUGUUGGUCCAGGGAGUCUGAUCUUUGUGGUGGGGAAGAUCGAGGGUCUGCUCAUGGUGAGUGGGCGGAGACACAAUGCCGAUGAUCUGGUGGCCACCGCUCUUGCCGUAGAGCCAGUGAAGACGGUUUACCGUGGGAGGAUCGCUGUGUUUUCAGUCACAGUGUUUUAUGAUGAGAGGGUUGUGAUUGUGGCAGAGCAGAGACCAGAUGCCAGUGAGGAGGACAGCUUCCAGUGGAUGAGCCGAGUCCUUCAGGCUAUUGACAGCAUCCAUCAGGUGGGUCUCUACUGUCUAGCCCUGGUUCCAGCUAACACCCUACCUAAAACCCCCUUGGGUGGCAUCCAUAUAUCAGACACCAAGCAGUUCUUCUUGGAUGGCAACCUGCAUCCCUGCAACAUCCUGAUGUGUCCCCACACGUGUGUCACCAACUUGCCCAAGCCCCGGCAGAAGCAGCCAGUUGGUGUUGGCCCGGCAUCUGUGAUGGUUGGCAACCUGGUAGCAGGGAAGAGGAUUGCUCAAGCAGCAGGAAGGGACCUGGGCAUGAUAGAGGACCAGGAUCUGGUCAGAAAGCUCUGUAUGUGGCCAACUGUGAUGCAUCAGUAUUUAUCAGAAGCUUUACACUGGAGGGCACAGACAGACCCAGACCACGUUCUCUUUGUUCUUCUAAAUGCUAAGGGUGUGACAGUGGGCACAGCGACAUGUGUUCAGCUACACAAGCGUGCAGAGAAGAUCGCUGCAGCGCUCACAGAGAAAGGAAGCAUCAACACUGGAGAGAACGUUGUGCUACUCUAUCCUCCUGGCAUUGAUUUGAUAGCUGCCUUCUACGGUUGUCUCUAUGCUGGAUGUGUUCCCGUAAAUGUUCGACCUCCACACCCGCAGAACCUGGCAGCCACGCUGCCCACAGUCCGCAUGAUUAUUGAUGUCAGUAAAGCUGCAUGCAUCCUUACCACUCAAAACCUCAUGAGGACUUUGCGCUCAAAAGAGGCUGCUGCUUCUGUCAACAUUAAAACGUGGCCAACAAUCAUUGACACAGAUGACCUCCCUCGCCGCCGGCCUCCACAGAUCUAUAAGCCGCCCACAGCAGAGAUGAUAGCUUAUCUGGACUUCAGCGUGUCCACCACAGGCAUGCUCACCGGGGUCAAGAUCUCUCAUGCAGCGGUUAGUGCACUUUGUCGCUCUGUGAAGCUUCAGUGUGAACUGUACUCCUCUCGCCAAAUAGCCAUCUGCCUGGAUCCUUACUGUGGGCUGGGCUUUGUCUUGUGGUGCCUCGCAAGUGUUUACUCAGGUCACCAGUCCAUCCUGAUUCCUCCAUUUGAGUUAGAGAGCUGCUUGUCUCUGUGGCUGAGCACGCUCAGUCAGUACCGCAUCAGAGACACUUUCUGCUCCUACUCUGUCAUGGAGCUCUGCACUAAAGGGUUGGGGACUCAGACUGAAUUACUCAAGGCCCGUGGAGUGAACCUGUCGUGUGUGAGGAGCUGUGUGGUGAUAGCAGAAGAGCGUCCUCGCCUUGCCCUCACACAGUCCUUCUCCAAGCUGUUUAAGGAUGUGGGGCUUUCAUCCAGAGCUGUCAGUACUGCUUUUGGGUCCAGGGUCAAUUUGGCCAUCUGCCUGCAGGGCACUACUGGUCCUGAUCCCUGUACAGUUUAUGUGGACAUGAAGUCUCUCCGCCAUGACAGAGUGAGGCUGGUGGAGAGAGGAGCCCCUCAGAGUCUUCCUCUGAUGGAGUCUGGCAAGAUACUUCCAGGUGUUCGGGUGAUAAUUGUAAAUCCAGAGACCAGAGGUCCACUUGGAGAUUCUCAUCUCGGCGAGAUCUGGGUGAACAGUCCUCACAAUGCCAGCGGGUACUACACCAUCUAUGGAGAGGAAAGUCUGCAGGCUAACCACUUCAACACAAAGCUCAGCUUUGGAGACCCGCAGACCUUAUGGGCCAGGACAGGAUACCUGGGUUUCGUUAAGAGGACUGAGCUGCUGGAUGCCAGUGGAGAUCGACAUGAUGCCCUCUUUGUGGUGGGCUCACUCGAUGAGACCUUGGAGCUGAGAGGACUGCGCUACCACCCCAUUGACAUUGAAACGUCAGUGUCCCGGGCUCACCGUAGUAUUGCUGAGAGUGCUGUGUUUACAUGGACCAACCUGCUGGUGGUGGUGUCAGAGCUCUGCGGUUCAGAGCAGGACGCACUAGACCUGGUGCCUCUGAUAACCAACGUGGUCCUGGAGGAGCACCACCUCAUUGUGGGUGUGGUGGUUAUUGUGGACCCCGGGGUUAUACCCAUUAACUCCAGGGGAGAGAAACAGCGCAUGCACCUUCGUGACUCUUUCCUCGCUGACCAGCUGGAUCCCAUCUAUGUUGCUUACAACAUGUGAGGGCUUGUGGUGCUAUGGGCUUCUUUAGCCGUCGUCCACAGUCUGGAUGCUUCUCCGUCAUCAUCCCGGCGUUCAGCUAUAGCUUGGCACAUGAUGAAAAGGAAAAGCAUGAGCCACAUAUACUGCCACCAAGCCCCGUGCAACACCAGCAUAUCCCGGCCACUGCAUGUCUGUGAUUGGACCUGUCUGAAAUUGUUCACUGUGUUUUUUUAAUAGAAUUUUGCAAAUGGGACAGAAACAAUGCACUGCAUAAACAAAAAAACCCCUGUUGCACUUUUCUGGGGGGAGAGGGCAAAGCAACACGUUCAUCCGAAACACUUCAAAAGACUUCCAUGUUAAUGUAUUCAUCAAAAUCCAUCAUCUUGUUGUGUUCCCACCACAAACCUCUUGAAACACUAUCCUUUGCGUGCGUCCAUGCAGAUUUCAAGAGCUACUAAACUUGUAUCAACAACUUGAAAUACUUCUCACAUGCAGCUUUUAAACAAAACAAAUACACACAAAUGCAUGAGCAGAGCCCUUGUCAUUCCUCACUAACACUGAUGGAUAAAGUAGGGCAAAGGAAAACAAACUAUUACAUAAGAAAGGAAACAGCACUGGUUAGUGUGCACUAUUAUUUAGGAGGCUUAUUUUGUCCCAUGAUAAUGAAGCCAAAUAGAUUUUCACAACUUUCCUGCCCAAAAAUAUUUCCUGCCUUAUAAACUUCAGCCAUACAUUCCUAACUUCAUUUUUAAAGAUCCUGUAAUCAAUGGCUGUUUAUUCUCCUUUGGUUUUGAAUAUUAGUGGAAAUCCUGCUAUCUGUAGGGAUCAAAAUAAAAGAGGAAAGAGGCCAUAUUCUAUACUGUACCUAUAAAGGCCUGUUGUAUUUUAGAUACUGUAUGCUAAUGUAUAGAUAUUUUUAAUUGUACAAAUGUAUAAAUGCUUGACUUGUCUCCCUCACUUGAUGUUUAAUGGAGGCAGCUGAGAGAUAAUAAAAGUAGCAGAGAGAAGGUUGUAAAUAAGAUUUAACAGUACUUUCAAAGCAGAAUAUUAGCUGUAUGAUGGAGUAUGUGGAUGAAUAGUGCAAAGCAUUGUUUGUCAGAAUAGAUAACACUGCACUUUCUCAAAAAAGUAUAUUUUAUUAUGACAACGAGGCAUUAAAGAAAUGGUUAAGGAACAUAUAUAAUCCUGUGGAAUAUUCUUUGAGUGUUUGCAAGGAGGGCUAUCACUGUUAAUGCCAGAAUUUUCCUGUCAACAAAUUAGAAAAAUACAGGUGUGAGUAGAAGGCUAAUAACAAUAUCAUGACUGUUUUCAGGCUACCAGGUGUUUUUGUAUCUAAAAUGUUUGAGCCAGGCCCACAAUCAUGUCACAUCUACUAUCCAUAACCAUUGUACUUAGUACUCACACACUACUCACAGUUUUGUAUUGCAUAACAGAGUGAGUGUUUGAGGGGAUUUGGGUCUUCCCUUUUCCUCUCCACACUCAAAGUUCAUUGAAUUGUGUUUCGUCUUUGUACAACUUUGUCAAGAAUUACUUUGAAAUCAAACAAACUGUUGUUGGCACUGUAGGCCUGUAGACGAUAGAGCCGAGUUAUUAUGUAUCUGGAUUCUUUUCUGUCUUCAGUCACUGGAUUUAUUAGCACUUGUUAAUGCAGCUGCAAAGCUGAGCCAGGAUAGAAACAUUCUUCAUGGGCAAGAAAAGUAGUCAUUUUAAAUGACAAGGAUUAAAAAAAAGCAACCAAAUGCAUUUGGUUUUAGAAAGCGUGUGCUCUCCUUUGUACUUCUAGCCAUAAGUUAUAGGGUCUUUGUACUGGAUUAUACUGUAAUUCACUGAUGAACCCUUAAUGUUAACAUGUAAAUAGAUGGAUUUUUAACAUUUGUCCUAUAAUAGCACUAAUGCCAAACAACUACUUAAACAGAAAUACAGUCAAGUCAAUAAUUGCACUUUGCACUGGUGGUACUAACAGUUGGCUUAUACUGUGCAGACUGAUUGAUUUAAAAAAUGCGGUAAUCAUUCACGACUUGCCAUUGCAUUUUACCUGGUUUUAAACCCACCUUGAAGAUCACUUCAUCUCCGCUUUAACAUUGCAUCCUAUGUUUGCAGCAGAAUGUUUGCAUGAUGCAGCCAAGCACAGAAGAAAUCAGCUUGAGGCACAUCUCAUCUCCAGGGACAAGUGGAGGAGACGUACGUGUGAAAUUGCGUAUUCAGGGAAUAAAACUCACAACACAGGGAUGGACCGGAUGGUCCCUUGGUGCAAUCUGUGAAUAUUACCCAUAAAAUGUAGAUGUUUUUCCAAAAAAAAAACAAUUCUCCUAGGCAGACCUAAUAAGCAAAAAGAGGGGUUACUAAGAACCAUCCACCAUCUACCUGCUUAGCUGGGAAGUCAAGAGGGCUUCCUUUGGUUUCCGCUCUUUUUCUCUUUCAGAGCUCUUACACACUAUGCAAUCCCAAUGACAGUGCAAUUUAAUUUCAAAGCUUGCACAGUCUGGUGAAAUAUACAUGAUGCUUAUACAUUUUGUACUAAAUAAGAACUGAGGACUGAUGAAAUUUAACCAGUAGUGUACUUAAGACUGCAUUGAUCUCUCUUCAGUUGUUCUAUCAAUAAUUUGUGUAUGAUCCUUGGUAUGUUGUAUAUUAAUUAUUCGGUGAACUCUAAACUGCUCCAUGAGGGCAUGAUUAAUCUUCAAUGUGAGGGAGUUGUUUUAUCUUACAUAGUAAAGAAUUUAAAGUGGUACACCCCUUCCCAAUUUUCUCUUU